UUUGAGUGUACGCCACUGUGAACUCGCUACAGAAAGUUCAAAUGAAUAUUGUCAUGGCUUUGACUUUGUGGAGAUUAUCAUGUAUCAAAGGCUUCAGGAGGUCAGUUCUUCUCAAGAGUUUAAGCUCAAUAAGAGGACAGGCGUUUUAUAGCACCGCAUCGAAACAAACAACAACAAACGCUUCCUCAGCUGCAUGUGGAAUGGUGGUUACUGAGAGGAGGGGUACAGUGAUGCUUAUUGGCAUUAACAGGCCUGAAGUGCGUAAUGCAGUGAAUCAGGAGACAGCACACAGACUGCUAGAGGAGCUGUCAGCCUUUGACCAGGACAACAAUCUUAACGUGGCAGUGCUUCAUGGAGUUGGAGGGAAUUUCUGUGCUGGUUAUGAUCUGAAGGAGUUGGCACAUGGCUCCAGAGCCCUCAAACUGGAGCAAGAUGUCUGCCGUGGUCCUGGCCCCAUGGGUCCAUCUCGUCUGAAGCUGUCUAAACCAUUGAUUGCAGCGGUUAGCGGGUAUGCCGUGGCCGGGGGUCUGGAGUUGGCUCUACUGGCUGACCUCAGGGUGGUUGAGGAGAGCUCUAUCAUGGGGGUCUUUUGUCGCAGAUUUGGUGUUCCAUUGAUCGAUGGGGGUACUGUGAGGUUACCACAGUUAAUCGGUCUAUCCCGUGCUUUGGAUCUCAUCCUUACCGGCAGACCUGUGAGGGCACAAGAGGCUCUGACGUUUGGACUGGCAAACAGAGUGGUGCCCGAUGGCCAAGCACUCCAAGUGGCACUUGAACUUGCCGAACAGAUCAGCUCAUUUCCACAGCUUUGUCUUCGUGCCGACCGUAACUCUGCCUAUCAUGCCGUCUUUGAUGCCUCCUCAUUCACACAGGCCAUACAGUAUGAGAUGGAUCAUGGCUUUCCAGUCAUUCAAGCUGAAUCAAUUGCUGGAGCAACUAAAUUCAGCUCAGGCACUGGGAGAGGGGGAACAUUCUCCAAAUUGUAAAAAAUAUCAAACUAUAUAUUGAUGUGUAAAAAUUUGGUGUAUAUUCAUAUUAGCAGAUAGACUGGAACAAAAAAGAUCACUCGCAAGACUAGUAAAGCUACAUGUUUACACUACAUGUUUUUCUGGAAUUUGUCAAAAUUUUCUGCAAUAGACCCCUUUUGCGCCGACGUCACGAUUACGUCACAGCAUUAGCUGGAGGCAAAACAAGGGGAAAACUGGAGGCAGCCCAUACAAACCAGCAUUAUCAGCUACAUAAUGAAUUUAAAAUAUCAUCUUGCUGUGUUGUUGAGUGCCAGAAUCGACAGAUUACUGGCUAUAAUUUAACACAUACCUGCUGUAAUUGCCAGAAAAAAAACGACGACAGUUAAACACAAUAAAACUAACGGACCAGUAGAAAUGAUCAUCAAUAAUGCUGCCGUUUUCAGCGUACACUUUAUAUUACUUAAAGUUAAAUCAACUCCUGCCUUUUGUUGGUAUGGAUUAUGGUUCGGGUAUUUGUCUAAAAACUCUUCAUGUUUGCCCAAAUCACAACAGGGAGAACAAGUUUAGUUAUUUUUCACGUAUUGACGCAUAUUUAAGCUAACAUUGUAAGCAGUUAGCCAACGACAGGAGACUAAACAUAAAGGAAACUGUUUGGCCAGGCUGUUUCUACAGGUUUCAUAAGUGUAUUAGUAGAAAUGAGGAGAGAAAACAGCGAGAAGGUUCAUGUUAUGUUUUAGGUGUGUUAAGUAGUUGCAUUUGCUACCGUUUGCCAUUGUUAGUACAUAUAAGCUUCUAGAGAUGUAUACGCUCUCAGUUUCUCUUUACUAUACGGUUGGUUUCCUUAUCUGGUAUGUGUGUUUGUCAGACCACUUAACUUAACUGGAGGUAAUCCAGACAGUAUGUCCAUCUAUUGAGUGAGCAUGUACAGAUCGGCCAAUCUGGUUCCUUCUGUUAAAGUUCACUUUUUCAGCAACAGUCACAGUCCCAGGCAGUUACUGACUUUACACAUUCAAAUUACAUCGGAUUUUCUCCAGUCAUUGUCCAAAAAACAAGCUAACAUAAACAUGCUAGCGUUAGUAAAGCGGCCAGGGGAUUCUUUCUGCCUCCAACUAUGCUCCGCCCACAAAAACGUGUGUUUACUAACAAAAAAGGGCCUAUUGAGUUAUGUUAUCUGGUUAGGUUUAGGGGUAAAGGCAUAGCAUUUAGGUUUUGGGUUAAAGGUUGUGUUACAGCUUACAUUGUCAAAUAAGUGCAAGUACUAUACAUGUAUUUACAAUGCACAAACCUGUAUGUACAUAAUAAGUCAAGUACAUGGUACCCCAGGCCACCUCAUAAAAAUACCUUUUUUUGUUCCAGUCUAGUUGCUAAUAUAAUUCACAUCAGCUUGAUUUUGUUUUAUUCAAAGUUUCAUCAGUUAAUUUGUUGCCUAUCUAAUUUUAACUGUAGUAUGCUGUGACAAAUUAGUUUUCUUUAUGAAUGUUUGUUUUCAAGGAAUAUUUCACCCAAAAUAAAUUGUCAGUUUUUUUAACCUCAUGUCAUUCCAAACCUGCAGAACACAAAAGAAGAUAUACCAAUAACCAAACAACAUUGUGGUGUUUUUGACUAUUGUAUAAACACAAAACAACUGAGACAUUCCUCAAAAAAAUAUUUUUUGUUUGUGUUCCACAGAAGAAAGAGUCAGAUAUAGAUAUUAGGGUUAAUAAAUGAUGGCAAUUUUUGGGGGUGAACUAUCCCUUUAAAGGUAAGUAAAUAAACAAAGGGAUCUGUAAAUAAAUGUACUUUAGACCAAUACUCAUAAAUAUGAUGCUUAUCCUUCAUAUUUUCAUUUAAUUGUAUUGAAGAUCAUACUGUACACCAGGAUCUAAGGAGUGGCAUCCAGUUUUUACUAGAUCAAAUAACCUGAUUAUACUAGAUUAUCACUAAAACUCUAGAAAUUAACCAAUUAAACAUAAGUGUAUUUGAAUAACUCAAAAGGUUUUUUAUGUAUUUCCAAAGUGGUGCUGCUAAUGCUAGGGUUUUCGAAAUGGCAUGUUGUUGUUUGGUUGCAAGUGUGUCAAAAGAGGUUGUCUCCAAGUCAAAAGAAGCAACCCUAAGCUUUCUGAAUGAGAAUGAUAUUCCGGUCUCACAUUAUUGCUUGGGUCCCUCCUCUAGAUUUGAUCAAAAACUGUUAAUGGUGUUUGUAUGUUAUGUCUUUUUCAAGCAUGUUUGUCAAUAAGUACUAUUAUUUAGCUGACACGAUUUUACAGAACACGUUGAGUACUUGAGACAUGUCUUGAUCCAGGGUACAAUGAUAAUUGUCGCUAUGAGUCUCAGACCAGCAACCAUCUGAUUAUAGCUGCUGCUUCAUCACAACCUUUAUAAUUAGCGGGAAUGCACUAUGAAUUCAAACAAACACUGAAAAAAACGUAUUUACCUUAUAAUAUUACCUGCUACUAGAAAUGCAAAGGAAAGAGAGAGUUGUGUGUUCAUUGGGGUGAGGUUGUGUCUAGACGAUAUGAUGACAGGAGAGAUGGUCUGUUAACUGACCCCACACAGAAACACACACAGGUCAUUCAUCACGCCACUGACAGCCGAUUAGCAACUGACCCUUGAAGAAUGGAUGAGUUUUAACAUGACAACUCAACUGCACUUUUGCAUUCCUUAAUGCUUUAAAUGCUUGACUCGCUCAUCCACUCUGCUAUCUGAAAGACCUUUGACAUGUCAUGUAAGACCCCUGAAAUAUGCUACUUUUUGAUUAUUUGAUUUGACACGCAUGUUACAGUUAAAAUGACUGUGUCAAAGCAAAGUAUAGACUUGGAGAUAUUUCUGUGCAAAGUCAUAAUAGGUUAAACGGCAUUUUGUACACACAUUUCAGUUAAUAGCUGUGUAAAUAUGUGCCUCUAUUAGCUGGUGAUCAAAAUACAUUUGGAACUAUAUAUACAUUUGGAUACACAUAUACAUAUAUUUUGUAUACAUAUAUACAAAAUACAUUUGGAAGUAUAUAUGUUAUAAUACUUACUUCACUGACUGAAAUACAAAUCAAUUUAUAACCUUUAUAUAACAUUUUUUCACUGAUUUUUUUUAAUAUUCUGUCUCGAUCAGUUAAAAUAAACCCCCCAUAAAAAUUACAGACCCUUCAUUUCUUUGUAAGCAGGCAAACUUACAAAAUCAGCAGGGAUCAAAUACUUAUUUCCCUCACUGUAUGUUCACAUUUGACUUCUUUUUUGACAAGAAAAUGUUGACAAUGGCACUUUUUAUUAAAAAAAAUAUUGCUGGUUACAAAUAGCAACCGGCAAUGACUUCAGAGUGUUUGUGCACGAAGGCAGCUCAGAGAAAGAGAUUCAUACAGGCUUCAUAGGCAGCGUGACGGAAUUCUGUUUGAAUUAUAAACCGAGAGUGUCUUUGCAACAACCAAUCACAUAUUUAAAAACUACAAUACUAAUUUCUCACUAGAAAUGCAAUCACAAGUUAUUGAAAGUGAAAAUUAAACUUUAAUUUAUACAAAACUAUACUUCAACAGAUGUUUCGGCCACCCUAUUAUUUUUUCGAGAUUGAUCCUGCUCGGCCAAUCACCAUCCUUGCAUGCUGUAAUGGAAACGACAGGUCUUGCUACUCGCUUGUCAUUUGUUAGCUGUAAAAAAUGUGCUUUACGUAAGGCGUUUUUUUUUCAGAAAAGUUGGAAAGUUUUCUGCAGAAAAGGACGGCGGCGCUGGCAUUUAAAAUAGCCCUCAGGUUUUUUUUUAAACACAGUUUACUCCAUAGGAUUAAAAUGUAAAAGAGACGUUAGCAGCUCUAAAAAAGAAAUGUGAACAUAGCCUAAUAGAUGAAUAAGUAAAACAAAAACAGUACAUGAUAUUAAAAUACCUGGAAUUAUUGCAAGAUUUUCUCUAUGUAAGGUGCAUUAAUGAAAUUUAACUGAAAUAUGAUGGAUUGUUAGAAACUGUAAGUUC